CACCCUCAUUCACUCAGUCUGAGAACAUGAACUCAAAAAGCAAAGACAUGCGAAGACAGAUUCAAGAUAGGCAAAGCUAUCGGCCCGGUAGGUCCUGGGCUAAAAGCAUGGUCGACUUGUCGACGAAUUCAUACUCAUAGCCUACGGUCCUGUAUUUGGCGAUGCCGCCAUUGGAAAUAGUGACUUCAAGAUGGUUUUGAUGCGGGUAGCGAUAACUGUUGCGGCGCUGAUCCUAGCCAACUGCUACACCUCGGGAGUCGCUCAUGCUGGCAAUGAUGGCCAGACCGCUGAGGCAAACCAACAGCGGCAGCGAAAUGGCGGAUGCAGAGACAGCGCCGCCGCUCCCAUUCGCCUCGCGAUCGUCGGUGCGGGCAUCGGGGGCAGCGCGACGGCGUACUACGUUCGACAGGAGCUGGACAAGGUGCUGAAGGGUUCUGGGGCAGCAGUGGAUAUCCACGUGUACGACCAGAGCGAUAGAGUGUGUGGCCGACUUCGCUCCAUGGUUAUCGGCGGGCAGUCGUUUGAAGUUGGAGCCGCCGUGGCUCAUCCCAAAAACCAAUACAUUUCAGAUCUGACAUACGCAGUCGGUCUGGAGAAGCUACCAGCUGCGACCGGUGACUUUGGUCUAGUUCUGGGACCCGGGCAGUACGUCCCACUCGGCGACGCUACGCAUUCCUGGUCCGAGGACUUCUUUCUGCUGGAGCGCUAUGGCCUUGACGUGGUCAAUCUCGAUCUUCUGCUCGGGUACCUGUUCAACGAGUUCACCGACAUCUAUCGCCUGCAAUCACAGGACCCGCCGAUGAGCUUCACCACGCUGCACGACCUUCUGGGAGCCAUGCGCACCAACUUCACGCAGCUCGCGUCGCAGGGCUUUGCCGACUACCUGAACGCCAGCGGCAUUCCAGAGCGGCUUGUCAACGAGCUGGUGUCGGCCACGGCCAACGCGGUGUACAACCAGGACGGACGAGUGAUGACGGCCCUGUCGGGAAUGACGGCGCUGGCGCGGUCCGCCAACGACAAGUACUGGAGCGUGCUGGGCGGCAACGAGCGGCUCUGCGAGCGCCUGCUCAACACCACGCAGGGGGUCACCCUGCACCUGGGAACGCGCGUGACGCGGAUCUCCGGCGCGAACGCGUCGAGCCUCUCGGUGACGGCGGUCACGGACCACGGGGCCGAGGGCACCGGCGUGUUUGACCACGUAGUGCUCGCCAUGCCGCUGAACGCGAGCGCGAUGGAGCUCUCCGGCUUUGCGCAGGCGCUGCCGCCGCUGAACCCCGGCCGAGGGCAGACGACAACGGUGACGCUCGUCAAGGGCGACGCCAACCUGACGUACUUUGGGCUGGACGCAGAGGGUGUCACCGCUCCCUGGCUGUUUGCCAUGCCGGCGGGUAACGGACUGCCAGUGAGCGUCAUCGAGAACACCCCGCCCGUGGACGGCAUGGCCACUGCCGGAAAGCCCGUCUGGAAGGUCCAGUCCACCGAGCCGCUCGGCGCCGAGUUCCUGGACCUGGCGUUUCCAGCGCGCGAGGCGACCGUCCAGCACACGUUUGACUUUGCCUAUCCUCACUUCACGGCGCCGGACCCGCUUGGCCCGCUGCAGCUUGCGCCGCGGCUGGUGUACGGCGGCGGAAUCGAGUGGGCGUCCAGCGCCAUGGAGAUGUCGGCCAUCUCGGCGCGUAACUCGGCCCUGCUGGUUGCCAAGGCGGUGCUGGACGAGAUAGAGAAUUGCCGCGGAGACGUGCCCUGAUCCUAUCCUCGUCCGACCAUGACCAGUCCAGGGAACCAGUGGUGACGGCAAAUAGUGCAGGUUCUGUGAGUAUAUUCUCGGGCAUGCUGUGCCUGUUGUGCAACAUGUGUUGGAUUCUGGAUGACUAGGGUGGGCUGUGCCGCCGCUGCUGUCUUGGUUUUUUCAGCUGACCAGUCGAAAAUUAAACUCGCUGGGCACAGGGAGUGUGUGUGUGUGUGUGUGUGUGUGAGAGAGAGAGAGAGAGAGAGAGAGAGAGAGAGAGAGAGAGAGAGAGAGAGAGAGAGAGAGAGAGAGAGAGAGAGAGCAUGUGUAUAUGUGUAUGCGAGAUGAUAUAAACAAUGUUAUCGCUUGUGCGAAAGCCAAUUUAGAUCAGAAUCCCAAAAUUCUACGCGUAAUCAAUUUCCUUAUUCCCAGGGAAAGCUUCCCUCUAUUUAUUCUGCUGGCAAAUGCCGUCUCAGUUUGUAUGCUGGAUCCAAUCUCGUAUGGAUACGGAUGUGUUCACUACUAUAGUGUUACUGUGGAUGCAUAGCUUUCUGCAGUAUAAUAGCCGUGUGGAGGGGCGAACAGCAUAAUCUAACAAACGUAUAACGUACUCUAUCUUCCAAUCUUCGA